GUGCAGCGGGAACAGAAGGAAGGGGGUGUGUUCACUUGGAGACAGCAGGGAUGGUUUAUUAGGAGAUCAUGCCUCCUAGCCAAUGGUCUUUAAGAGAGAGGCAGAUGUCAUUUGAAUGAGAUGUACCACCUCCCAGAGCCAGCACAUCCCCUUCAGUGUUUCUCGGCGCUGUGCGAGAGCUCCACUUCCACUGCUCUCUUCUGUCUCCUCUCUGAUUCCCUGUCCGUCCGUCCUCCUCUUCCUCUGCGAUUCAGUUCCACAGGGAAGGAUGGGAUCUGUAACUCACACCAACCAGUUUCAUUAACAGUCCAGAGCCGCCCCGUUUGCUCAGGCUGAUGAAAGCAGACCCGGAGGGUCUUUUAGUUAGUGCCUGACAGAAGCAGCAGCCGCAGAGAGGUGCCUGGUGCUACCGGAGGUGUGACAGAGUCCCAGCCCACCGCACAUUGAUUCACACAGGAUUAAGCUACUGCAGAAUGCUGCAGGCGGAAGGCUCGGCGCAGGUGAUUUACCGUCACUGUCAGACUUAACAUCACCGGACACCUCUGCCCUGCUCCCGUCUGCUGUGGAGGGACUACGCAAAACCAUCUGCCACUGCACCACCCAAAGGCAUGACUCACCCUCAUCUCACACAGGAGUAAGAGAGGAAGCGAUGGGCUGGACUAUGAUUCUAAAAAAUGACUUUGGGGUCAUCGCCUGGACUCGGCACACUGCAAAGUUGGUCAGCCUCUUCCUCCUCUUGUCUCUUUUUACCAUUCCAAUCCCUUCAACAGACACAGUUCUACCCAGGGACCAACAUUUCUCAUGGAAAGCAGGCCAGUGGGGUCAGUGUAUCGGGGAGAAGUGUGGUUCUGGUGGGAUCCAGACCAGAACACUAUGGUGCGUCCAUGUGGAUGGCUGGUCCAGCCAUCAUUCCCACUGCCGGCAUUCGCCUAAACCAGAAAGUCAGCGGCAGUGCUAUAAGGUGUGCGACUGGCACCAGGACCUCUUUGAAUGGGACGUUUCUGACUGGGGACCCUGUCUACUCAUUCCCUUCUUGUCAAAUGAGCUCAGGCUGAGGACUGCUGACUGUAUUACAGCGCAGCAUGGCAUUCAGAGGCGCUCCAUUCACUGUGUGCGAACCUCAAACCGGACCGCAGUCAGCUCCAGGAUCUGUGAGUUCUUUUCGCACAAGCCCCCCGUGGAGCAGGCGUGCCUCAUCCCAUGCCCCCAGGACUGCGUGGUUUCAGACUUCACGCCUUGGUCAAGCUGCAGCAAAACGUGUGGUGUUGGCCUGCAGCACCGGACUCGACACGUCCUGGCCCCGCCCAUGUAUGGGGGGGCGGACUUCCCGAAUCUUACUGAGACCAGAACUUGCACAAAUUCAGUAGACUGUUCCAUUGGUGAAGGGGAGUACCAGUACAGCCUUAAAGUAGGAGCCUGGAGUGAGUGCAGACUCCCACAGCACAAGGAUGCCGUCUUAAACGGAAGGACCAUUUUGGAUUAUAGUGCCAACUCCAAUGAGAACAACACCGUCACACUACACACUGUGGCUUUUCACCACCACUCACAUCAUCACAACUACACGCACAUCAAGAACCCAGUGUCGUGGGAACUGGAAGUGGGAUAUCAGACACGGCAUGUUCGCUGCACCAGAAGUGAUGGCAAAAACUCUAUGCUGAGUUUGUGUACCAAGGACAGCUCCCCCCUGACAUUCCAGGCCUGUGUGAUGCCCGAAGACUGUCAGACGUCUGAUUGGUCACCGUGGAGUCCCUGCUCCAAGACCUGCCGGUCCACCGACCUGUCUCCCGGUUUCCGAGUUCGGUCACGCAUCAUGACGCAGAUCCCACAUGGAGGGGGGAAGGCGUGUCCUCCCCUUCAGGAAAAAGAAGCUUGCAACAUAAUUGGAGACUUACUCCCAACGUGCCCCAGGUAUGUGUGGAGGAGCACCGACUGGAAUGAAUGCCACAUUCUGCCCCUACUGGGGCAGCAGGACCAGAGACAAGUUAAUGUGAGCAGCCUGUGCGGAGCCGGCAUCCAGACCAGGAAGACCUACUGCGUACAAGUCCCCGAGGACUCAGCCCCCCAUCACAGGAAGGAAGUGUCCAGACCUGUGGAUGGCAGGUUGUGUGAUGGAAAUGAGCCCCCAUUGGCUGUCCAAAGCUGCUCAGUUCCCUGCCAGCAUCACUGUGUGCUCUCCCAGUGGUCGUCCUGGGGGCCCUGCAUACACGAAAACUGCAAAGAACCUCAAGGAAAGAAAGGUACCAGACGAAGAACAAGGGAGGUGUUGUGGCAGUCUGGGGAUGCUCUGGGAAGUUGUCCUCACGUGGUGGAGUUCACCCCCUGUGAAGAUCCCGUUUGCUACCUGUGGCAGGUCCAACGAGAAGACAGAUGCGUCCCCACCAGAGGCUCGUGUGGUCCAGGAGCCGCAGUCCAGAAUGUGUCCUGUGUCGAUGUUGAAGGGGAACACGUGCCCGACACCCACUGUGAAGGUGGUGCCCCACCUGCAGAAGACGCCUGUGAGGUUCCCUGUCCGGCAGACUGUGUGGUCGGCUCCUGGUCCCUGUGGUCACCGUGCUCGCACAGCUGUGCCAACAAGACUGCAGAGGGAAGACAGAGUCGGACUCGCACCGUGUUGGCCAUUCCACGAAAAGAUGGUAAAUCUUGUCCAGCAGCUCCAGCCUUGGAGGAGUGGCGAGUCUGCAGCGACCAUCCCUGCAUGGUAUUUCACUGGGAAGCCUCAGCUUGGAGUCCGUGCGUCCAAAACUCAUCUGCUAGACUCAACUUGAGCGCUCUGGGGAAUGACGCCUGUGCUGUCGGCGUCCAGAGCCGCAGAGUCACCUGCGUGAAGAAGAGCGGGGGCCCUGUGAGCAGUAAAAGGUGUUCCGAUUCCUCCCGCCCAGAAUCUUCCCGGCCCUGUUUGCUUCCCUGCAAGAAAGACUGCAUAGUGACCCCCUUCAGUGAAUGGACGUCCUGCCCGUCAACCUGCCUUCCAGAGAAUGGGACUGCUGUCACACAGUCUCGAUACAGAACCAUCAUCCAAAGACCUGCAAACGGAGGUCAAGAAUGUCCUGACACUCUGUACGAGGAGAGGGACUGUGACUUCCUGCCAGGAUGUCCACUUUUCAGGUGGAGGAUGCACAAAUGGCACAGCUGUAUUUUGGUCCCAGAUUCUGUCAGACGAGGAUUGUCUGGAGCAGGAGAGGACUGUGGAGAUGGUCUGGAGACAAGAGGUGUCAGCUGUGUUGGGGAGAACGGAGAGGCGGCCAACCUGACGGCGUGCUUGCGAUGGGCCGGCUCUCUGCCUCCUCAGAUCAGAACAUGCCGGGUGGCCUGCAAGGACGACUGCACUUUAACUGCAUGGUCCAAGUUCUCGGAAUGUGCUGGAUGUGGCAGCACACGGAGCCGCACACGCUCGCUCACAGGACGCAGCAAAAAGAGGGAGCGUUGCCUGAACGAGGAGCUGUUCCCCCUGGAGGAGGUGGAGGCGUGUCCUUGUGACCAGUUCCUGUCUCAGCCGUAUGGGGACUGGUCUGCUUGCAUUCUGCCGGAUCGCCCGCUGCACCGCCCCCCCCACGGUUGGAUGAGCCGCCGGGAGGUGAAGGAGUGUGGUCAAGGCCUGCGUUUCAGAGCCGUGGCCUGCGUCAACCAGCAGGGACACCUGGUUAAACCGACUCUCUGCACACAAGCAGGCUACAUCAUGGAGGUUUGCCACAUCCCUUGCCCCCUGGACUGUAAGCUGAGUGACUGGUCGGCCUGGUCGGCCUGCAGUGCGUCACAUGGCAGCGGGCUGAAGAUCAGGUCCAAAUGGCUCCGAGAGAAGGCUUUCAACGGGGGACGUCCUUGUCCCAAGCUGGAUUUGAAAAACCAAGCUCAGGUUUACGAAGCUGUGCCAUGCAGAGGCGGGAGCAGCCAAAACGAGUGGAGGAGCGAGGCCUGGUCCAUUUGCACUAUCAAUACUGUGGACGACCUGCCAGCAUGCGGGGAGGGGGUCCAAAGCCGCAAGAUCAGGUGCGUAAAGAAAGGAUUGAUGAGUGGGGAGGAGAGCAUUGUGGAUGACAGCCAAUGUGAUGCGGAGGAAAUGCCCCCCAGAGCCCAGGUCUGCCACCUUGCCUGCCCUGACGACUGUGUGGUGGGACCCUGGGGACCUUGGAGCAGCUGUCCUCUGCAUUGUGACGCAGAAAGUGUGAGAAACAGAAGCAGAAAAAUCCUCCGCGAGUCGGCCUUGGAGAGUGGGACGUGUCCGGAGCAGAUCCAGUCGGAGUCUUGUGUUCUCAACGGCACCUGCUUCACGUACUGGUUCAGAGCCUCAGAAUGGAGCACGUGCCAGCUGAGUGAGGGUGCUGUCUGCGGUCCGGGUUUCCGGCUGCGUCUUCUGGACUGCGUGCGGAGCGAUGGGAAGAUUGUGGCGAUGCAGAUGUGCGAGCAGUUUGGUGUAACCAGCACGUGGCCGCUGCUGGAGGACUGUGUGGUUGAGUGUUCCGUCAGCUGUCUUCUCUCCGAUUGGUCCCCGUGGUCUGAAUGCUCGCACAUCUGUGGCAGUCAAGGGCAGUUGGUCCGAAACCGGAGAAUCCUCCAGGAGUCCCAUCAAGAAGGACGUCUCUGCCCCAGCCAGCUCAACCAGACCAAAUCCUGUCCCGUCAAGCCUUGCUAUGAUUGGUUGCUGAGUGACUGGUCUGCAUGCAUCGUAGAGGGUGCAGAGUGUGGUGAAGGAGUGAGGAGAAGGAACCUGUCAUGUAUCGUCCACUGGGGGAACUUGAACGAGCCCCCUCCCCAGCCAGUGGAGACGGAGCUCUGUGGAGACGCCAUGAGGCAGCAGCUCCUCCAGCAGAUGGAGCAACCCUGCUUCGUCCCUUGUCCAGGGGAUUGUCAUUUGACUGAGUGGUCACCGUGGAGCUCCUGCCAGUUGAUCUGCCUGGAGGGGCGGAGCUUUGAGUACACCGGGCGCCAAGCUCGAUCCAGAGCUGUGAUCAUUCAGGCCAUGGAGAAUCAAGCCAGCUGCCCCCAUCAGGUCUUUGAAACCAAAUCCUGUAAAGAAGGAAAAUGUCACACUUACCAGUGGAAAACAGGAGGAUGGAGCAACAAUGAGAGGGCGGUGUGGUGUCAGCGCUCUGACGGUGUCAAUGUCACAGGGGGGUGUUUCCAGCAGAAAAGGCCGACUACACUCAGGCACUGCCAUCCUCCGUGCACGAAACCCUUCUCUCACUGCACACCGAGUGGAGUGUGUGGGUGUGAGAGAGGUUACACCGAAGUGAUGACCUCGCACGGCUUCCUGGACUACUGCACACGAACCCCUGGCUUCGACAACAACAAGAAAGCAGACGUAAAAACCACCUCUGGAAGACUAAAACCUCGACCGUCUCAGGCCAACGACCUCUUCAGCGAGUGGACAUUACGGCCCGUUGGACCAGAUGGAAGAGUAAAGCUGUGGGUUUAUGCUGUGGCCAUUGUUGGCUUCAUCAUUAUACUCUUCGUUGUCGUCCUGUCAUUCCUGAUCUGUAAGCCAUCCAAAACCAGUGCAACGUCUUCUCCACCGCAGAAGCCCUUGACCCUGGCCUAUGAUGGUGACAUGGAUAUGUAACCAUGCUGCCCGACCUCACCAGGACAUGCUCAACCCCUGGACACAAUCCCGGUUGUUUGCGGCAUAUUGCCGGAUGCCGUGGAAACUCAACCAAAUGAUUGGUUCUGCCCACAGGUGGUUGGCUGCUGGAAGCUGAUUAGGUGGCUGCAGCCAGAACAGAGAAACAGAACCAAAGCUGUCCAAGAUGGGAGGGGAACAUGGACCAAUGGACCACUAGUUUUGAACUGCUUGCUACAUUACACAGCUGAGACACUGCUUGGAUUCACAGAGGAACAUUGCUGCGGCACAGAGGAAGGGACUCCUUCAGAAGUGCUGAUUUUAAGCAUUUCUGUGUUGAGAAUUAGAGGGACCAAUUUUUUUUCUUUUCUUUUUUUAGUUAUUUUCUAUCUUUUCUCUUGAUUUACGUGUUUGGUUGUGUGCCUGUGAGUCGCGAAGGAGGACAUGAGAAUGUCUUGGGUUUGUCAACGUGAUUGCCAAAGGUUGGAGUUUUCCUCAUCAGUGCUGGAUCUUUGUCAAUGAAAAGCCCUCUGGGUGAUCCAAACAGCCUUUUUUUCCCCCCAAGUUACCGAAUGAACCCGAUGAUUUAUGCACUAUGUUAGUGCUGAUUCAGUUAGACGUUUUUUUUCUUUCAAAUGACUUUUCUAGUGUUUUAACUGUGAUGCAAGUUUUGCCGUCUGAUUGUGUUUUGUUGAUGAUGCCAUAUGUUGUGUACACGUGGAAACCAAAAGCAAGCCUGCCUUGAUUUCAGAGACACAGCGAUGCAGCUCCUUCUCCUUCCUUCAGAAACAAAUCCACAAACAAAUUACAUCAUUUUCACUUUGGAAUCAAAGAAAAGAGAUAAAACGCCAAAUCUCUUGAUGCAAUUCAAAUUAUUUAUACCAGCAAGUGGGAGAUUUUACCUCAUUACACACUGGUGUGGUGCACAAACUCAUGACACAUUUUCACCAGAUGCAAAACAAAACAGCACAGAUCACCAAAAGCCAGGACAGGCGGGACGAUUCAUCACCCGGAUCACACUGAAGGACCAUCUACAACUAUGUUUAUUUAUCUUAAUUUAUUAGUUUAUUUAUUUAUUUAUUCAUCAUGUGCCCUAAAGGGACACCUUAAUUGAUGUGUUUGUACUAUCUCCACUUUUUCCGUUUUUUUUUUUUGUUUUUUUACUUUUCCUUUUUUUUAAAGUUUUAUUUUGACAAAAAUCAUCCGUUUAGAAAAUACUUUAGCUUUUUUUCCCUUUUUUUUGCAUCCACCAGCCGAAGACUUUAAAGCGUCGUGUCACAUGACCACCUUCUGAAUGUAUUUACUCUGUAACUCUGUACCUUUCUGGUUGUGCAAAUAUGGUUGUUACAUGUUGAAAGGACUGUAUUUCUACAGCUGACUGUAUGUAGGCAUGCUUGACCUAUUUUAGCACAAAGUGCUCCAAGUGGCCUUGCAACGACUCUGUUUCAGUUUGCUAAACAUUUUAGAUCAGUCUCCUUAGGCGGUGAUUUCAUAGUUGACCAACAAAAAGCGCACAAUGUUGGGUCAAAAUUCAACACAAACCUCAAGUGUUGGUUAUUUCUAACAACAUGUUUGUCCGUUAGAAUUUCCCAGAAGGCUCAAAGAGAAGCCGGCCAAAUGAAUAAUACGCCUGUGAUGGGUUAUUUCCCAGAACUCCAAAAUGACCUUCAUCCAUUGUUUACAGUAGUUUGCUAUUUGUGUUAGUAUUGUGUGUACAUGGAGAAGUGGACAUAAAUGCAAAUAAACUGUGGGUCCAUGUAA